AUCCUGCUACGACCGUGGGGCCUUCCCGCUUGGGAGAUCACAAGCUAGGCUGGCGGCAUUUUACUGCAAAGUCAACGUACAGUGCAUAGCUCUAGCGUUGUCGCAGAUACAUGAAGUAGCGCUGUGCACCUAGUAACUUGUGAAAUCAACACGUCGUUGAGGAACACCGUCUUUGCUUUGCCCACGUUGUCUCAACUCCUGAGUAUUACUGCCGUUAUGAUGAGGAUCUCUACAGCACUUAUGCCUUUAUUCUCGAUUGUUUGCACUCUGGUAUCUGCCACCGAAAUCAGUCCCGCAUGUAAACCAUCGAAUGUGCAGAAUGUUCAAGUAAGGGAGUCGAGUAAAGGACAACUCAGUGUUGCAUUGAAACCGUCUAAUGAGGUAGAUGUUGUUGCAGAUACAAUUAUUGGACGGAGGUGGUCAAAUCUUACCUUUGAAGCUCAAUGCAGGGCCUUCAUCACAUCUAUCACUCUGAGAACUAUCGGCGGUUGUACUGUAAAAGUAGAGAGAAAAUAUCACGGUUUUGAGGUUUCCACAACCAUAUUCCAGAAAUCCUCGUCGCAGUGUGGAUUACGAACAUUUCAGGACUCAAUCUACGAAACUCAGAGCCCUGUUGCAUUGUAUGAAGGUGAUCGUCCAGUUCAGAUUAGAAUCUUGGUGAAUAGCAAUACAAGAUGCGCAGGACGGUGCCGAGUCAAAGUAGACCGUCUUCCAAUGGCGGGUUACUUACCCGUAAUGAUCAUCCAGGCUCAUGAUGCUGACGAAUGCGCUAAUCAAAAUAAUUUCUGUCAUGCGCCAGAAAUUUGCCAAAAUACGCUGGGCGGAUUCCAAUGCAGCUCUUCACCAAAACCGACUUCUCGGGCAUUUGCCUCCACUUCCCCCACUCUUCGGAUGACAACAGGUUCAAUAACAUCAACUCCGUGGUCUGGUACUCUACGCACGUAUUUGACAAGCAACAAGUCCUCAAAACUGAAUACAGGCUCAACUAGCAGUACCGUAUUGACAUAUGCAACGGAGGUCCCUCUCAUCACAGCGUUCACUCAACCCUCAGUGCAAGCAUCCGCUCUCGUGCCAAUACUAAUCGCCAUAUUUGCAGUUUUGAUACUGCUGACGUGCUGCUGUUCUGUGAUAUCGUUCUAUUUGCUACGCUCGGGCAAGAUAUUACCAUACUCUACGUCAAACUUGGUUACAUACAUUCGAAGAGUUCACUCUCAAGGCGCUAGGCCCUCAGAGAGGCCAGCCGCAAGCAAUUGGGAUGACGGGAUGAGGCGCGAAUCGCAGCUCUCCAAUGUCUCUAUUCGUACAACAGAAGCGACUGAAGAGGCUGUAGCAUAUUCUGCCUCAGGCCCUGCUGGUCCAGUGACCUCUCGUCGCCUUUCCACCAAAUACAGGUUUGAGGAUUCCUGCGCCAGCGUGUCAAAAACAAUCGGAGCAACUGAAGAAGUACAGACGUGUUCUUCAACAUUUCAAAGCACUGCCAAGCAUGCGGAUGACCUAAGAGGUAGGAGUAAAAUGGAAGGGCAACAACUCAAGCAUGAUGAAGUUUUGAUCGGCGGAAAGGCUGCACAGUCUCCAAACAAACCACCCCACCUCAACAUCUCUCGUGUAAGUCUGCACACACGAAAUGCCACGGUGGGACACGCUUCGGCGGAGAAGAAUGAAAGCGAAGAUGCAGUGUUGGAUAUCUAUGCAAUGCCAAUGGAAAAGAAUCCGGCCUACGAGAUGGCAAUGGCUAAAGAGGUUGGCGCAACUGGCAACACGGAAGACGGACCAGCAAGUACGAUGGCAUCCACAGGUGAGAGUGCUGCGCUCCCAGGAUCAGACCUGCCAUCGAAGAGCACGCGCGUCCCUCGGCCUGCCGCCUCGACUACUCAAAAAGUAGGUCACCCAGAUGACGUCAUCUCCAGUCAGCCAAUCUACACAGCGCCAGACAAGUUGCAGUUCGCGUGCAAGGAUGCGUCAGCGGGAGCAACUGGCGUAGGGUUAGGUCCACAGCCGGCGGGCACGGUUAUCUACGAUAAAGUCAUAUUGAAAGUGAACAUUGGUGGAAAUCCAAGUUCAGCUGACAACAUUAAUUCCGCGCUAGAACCCACAAUUUACGCAGGAGUUAAGAAUCUAUCCAAAGCAAGGUCAGAGUAACUUCGGCCACCAUUUGAGCUCUCUCUUCCAGUAGCUGGUAUGUUCCUACUCGCCUAAAGUCACCGUUAGAACAAUCUCCAUCUAGGUCUAAAAGUUCAGCCUUCAGAACGCAUAUUGCGGCUUGUUUGUAAAUUAGCAUCUUCCAUUUCUUGUUAGUGCCUUAGAGGAUUCACACAGGACGAAUUACAUUGUUGCUAAAUAUAGGACUGCCGUUCUUGAACCACCUGCAUUUUUUUACUUCGUUUCUCCCCCCUUUUUCUCCCCCUCCCACCCCUAUGACCGCUAUGCAAACAAUUCCAAAGUACAGACUAGUCUAAUGCAUGAUUUAACAAAGCAUACUGCGACCCAAUUUCUUCCUUUUCAGCCGCUAGAAUUGAACAGCACACAACCAUUCUAACUUACUCUGUCUGCAAUCUGAAAUUUGUAUUCGCAUCUAUGUGUACUUAUGGAAUCUUGUCUGAUUGGCUGGUGAGUAAAACAUGCAUAUAUUACUGAAGUAGUAUGCUCCAUGGCAAUUGAUGGCACUUUAUGUGUUGCUCGCUGGCUGAUUCGAGAUGACAAUGGAUUUCCAAUUAAAUUGCCAAUAUGUAUUCGUAGGCGUAAACAUUUCAGCUUGAUAACUAACCAUUGUUUUGCUUUGUGUCUGAUUCCAGGUGUAGACUAAGCCAAUGUGGUUUGACCUUUUUUUCAAAACCAGCCUCUUAUCUCGUUCAUAAUGCGCCUUCCUGUCGCGCAUCCAGUACUUUUCAUGAUUCAUUCAGAAUUCUUUUCACUGGCUUACAUGUUCACUUCUUUCCAUUGUGCAUUGUUUCCAGGUCAGAGCGCGAAUUCAAUUAUCCGCUGAAUUUGGAAUCACAACAUGACGUGAAUUCGUGUCCUUUGCAUUGCUUGUCUUGUUUUUUGCGUCUUGAUCACGUUUUUGAAAAAUAGAACGGAUCGAUUAGAGAUUGGAGACUCCAUCCA